UAUUUGUGAGUGUACAUAUAUUUGUGAAGGAGAGACUACAGAUGGAGAAGUUGGGUCCCAGCUUUGGGACAUUUCUACUUAGAAGUGGAAAUGAAGACACCUGAAAAAUGGCCCAUGAAGGAGUACAUAAAUGAUGGGUUAGAUGUAGCUCAGUGGAACACUUGCCUAGCAUGUGACAGACCCUGGCUCAAUUCUCAGCACUAAGGGGGUAGGAGAGAAGGGUCUUGUCACUAAGAUGACAACAUCAAUUAAAUGUUCUUGUGAACAGAAAAAUGACCUUGGGAUUGGCCAUCAACCAAUUAAUAAAUAACUACCCCAGUCAAUGAAUACGCUUUGGGACUGGAUGUGUAGCUCAGUGGCAGGGUUCAUGUUACAGACAUGAGGCCCUGGUUCAAUCCAGCACCACGACAAAACAAAACCUCUCAAGAUCAUUUUCAAUGCUGCAUAAAAUUCCAUUGUAACAAUCCUGAAUCUGCUCCAUAGUUUCUUGCUGAACCCUUAAGAUUCUUCCCAAAGCUUUAGAAUUACACUUCUAAGAGUACUGGGGCAAACACUUUUAAGGGUAUUUGGGUAAAAAAAGAUGCACAUUUUAACUUCUCCUACCUUGAAGAAACACAGUAAUUGUGAAAACUGUCCAUCAUUUUGAUAAGUGAUACGUGGAAUCUUAUAUUUGCAUUUUUAUUAAGUUUCCCAUGUUUAUUAGUCAUUGGUAUCUUUUUAUGAAUAGCCUGCCCAUAUCUUUUGCUCCAAGAGUUUUUACUGGGCAAAUUGAAUGGGAGAACACCCAGAAAACGGAAACGAGGAAAAUUAAGACUUAAAUGUUGGUUUAGCUAAGUGAACAAUGGCACAUAAGGUUAGGUUUGAAUCAGAGCUUGCGACUGACAACACUGGUUAUGUGACCUUGUUAAGUAACUUCUCAGGUACCAUAUUCCAGUCUAUGUAAUGGGGAUGAGGUUUACCUUCAAGUAAUUUAAAUUGAGCAGGCUGCAGAAGUACCUGAGUUGCGGCCCAGGAACGUAAAAAACUACAGCAAGUAGGGUGGUUGGAAAACACCACGAUGCACGAGACUGUCAGGCGUUCCGGACGGCCGUCCCUCCUCCCGCGUGUUGGUGGUGUUACUAUGGCAACAAACACGCGCUGCCCAGCGCUCAAUCCUCUGGCCGUUACCUUUCUCCCUGAUCACCCUGAUCACGGUCGGCUUACCAGGCUCCGCGGCGCAUCCUACACACCGGUCUCGGACUGAGCCCGCUCGGGGCCAGGGCAACGAACCGCGGGGCAGCAUGGCUAAGGAGGCCGCCUCUUCACCGCUGGAGAACUUGGACCUGAGCGGAGACGAGGUCCAGCGGCUCACCUCCGCCUUCCAGGACCCGGAGUUCCGGCGAAUGUUCUCGGAGUAUGCCAAGGAGCUCACGGACCCAGAGAACCGGCGGCGCUACGAGGCGGAGAUCACCGCCCUGGAGCGGGAGCGCGGGGUGGAGGUGCGGUUCGUGCACCCCGAGCCGGGCCACGUGCUGCGCACCAGCCUGGACGGGUCGCAGCGCUGCUUCGUGAACGUGUGCGGCAAUGCGCUGGUGGGCGCGCCCAGCAGCCGGCCGGGCCCGGGGGGCAGCGACGCGGCGCCCGGCAGCCACUGGUCUCUGCCGCACAGUCUGUCCCCUGGCCGCCAGUACGCCGGUCGCAGCGGCUCCCGCUACACCGUCUACGACGUGGUCUUCCACCCCGACGCGCUGGCGCUGGCCCGACGCCACCAGCGCUUCCGCGACAUGCUGGACGCUACGGCCCUGGAGGCAGUGGAGCGGCAGUUCGGCGUCAAGCUGGACCACAGGAAUGUCAAGACCCUGAAGGUGAAAUACAAGGGGACCCCGGAGGCCGCCGUGCUGCGCACACCCCUUCCGGGAGGCGCUCCUGCGCGGCCCGACGGGGAGAAAGAGGGCCCUCUCCCAGGCUUCCCCUACCCCUACCGGUACCCGGCGGCCGGCGACAGCUCAGCCCGCCCCCGGGCCCCGGCGCCGUCCAGUCCGGAGGCGGUGCAGCAGCCCGCCCCCACCGAGCCUCGCUGCAGCGUGGUGCAGCGCCACCACGUGGACCUCCAGGAUUACCGCUGCUGCCGGGACUCGGCCCCGAGCCCCGUGCCGCACGAGCUGGUGGUCACCAUCGAGCUGCCGCUGCUGCGCUCGGCCGAACAGGCGGCGCUGGAGGUGACGGGAAAGCUGCUGUGCCUCGACUCGAGGAAACCCGACUACAGGCUGCGGCUCUCGCUUCCCUACCCGGUGGACGACAGCCGCGGCAAGGCGCAGUUCAACAAGGCUCGGCGGCAGCUGGUUGUCACGCUGCCGGUGGCGCUGUCCGCCGCGCGCCUGGAGCUCGUCCCGGCGCCGGAAGAGCCCACGAGCCCGUCCGGAACUGACGGCGCGGGAGAGGCGGGACCCACUGAGAGUCUCACGUGCGAGCCAGGUCGGGCUCUCAGCAGAGCCGGGCUGGCCGACGCCGGCAUCGGCACCCCAGGCGGCCUCGCGCCUCCGCCGGCGGGCUCGGAAGAGGACUUUGUCCCCGAGCCGGAGGAGCGGGACUCGGGCAGGGACUCCGUGUCGCCGCCGGGCCCCGAGGAGGAGCCGCCUCCUGAAGCGUGGAGCCCGCCCCGGGAGGCCGGCGGAGGGUCCGACUGGGAGCCCCCUGCUAUAAGAGGCGACGCGCGUGGGGAGCCCGGUGCAGAGGCGCGCCCGGAGCCGGAGCGCACAGGCGGCCAGCUCUCGGGUCCAGCCAUGGCCUGCCAGGGGAUCCGGAGCCAUGAACCCUUGUGUCCGCCGGUGCACUGCGAUCAGGACGAAGAGUCCUUGACCCUGCUGAUUCCAGUGCCUCGGAUUCAGCCGCAGAGUCUUCAGGGGGAUCUGAACCCCUUCCGGUACAAACUGUGCUUCUCCUCGCAGGACUUAGUUUAUUCCUUCUUUUUGCGAUUUGCUCCAGAGAAUAAAUUGAGUACCAAAGAACCUGAGACUAGCGUUUCUUCAGACAACGCGGUGAUAGUACUGGCCAAAUCCCCAGAAAGCCACGGCCAUUGGCGAGAGUGGUAUUGUGGCUUAAACAGCGAUUCUUUGGAGGAAAGGUUGUUUGUCAAUGAAGACAAUGUUAAUGACUUUCUUGAAGAGGUCCUGAGCUCUCCAUUGAAACUGGCAACUCCUCCGACUCCACCAUUAAUUGAAGUUCUUCAGGUUACUGAUGAGAAGAUUCAAAUUCAUACAAAGUUGCUGGAAAGUAGUAAUCCUGAUCAGCUUCCAGGAAAGGAAAAAAGAGUCAAUGAAGGAUGUCAUUUAACUGAAGAUGAAAAUACAGAUCUUACCAUCUCUACAAUGCAUUCUGAUUCCUCUACAGUAGUUAAAGAACUAAAAAUAGAUACUUGUAGAUUAGUUGCAGGCUUGCAACAAGAGUCUCUUGAUGUUUCUCAAGUGCUGUUUGAAAAAUCUCAGCAACCUGAGGCAAAAAUAGAACCUGAGUUUAUAAAAGAGAAGACUGCUACUUACUCACAUGAGGAAAAAGAUACUAUGAAAGAACCACUAAUAUCCAAAGAAAAAGAAUUAGGUGGAGAUCAUCUGUCUUCACAAUUGAACAAAACUAUAGUUCACACUAUACCAGAUGUUGACAGCAUAAAAGAAACCAAUAUGCAGGAUGGUAGUGUGCAGAUUAUUAAAGAUCAUAUAACUCACUGUGCAUUCAGUUUUCAAAAUUCUUUACUAUAUGAUUUGGAUUAAUUCUAUAUAAUUUGGGAAAUUGAAUGUUAGGAGUAAAAAGUUUCUGUUCCUAAACUAGCUUCUGUUAAUUAUUAAAACUCAAGAUAGGGCUGGAGGUGUGGCUCAAGCAAGAAGCAAACCCCAGUACCACAAACACAAAACCCUGAUGAUUCGGUGUUGACCUUUAAGCCGAUGCCUUCAAAUCUUGUACA